AUGUUCUUCAUAUUCGGAAAUUUGAUUUACAUCAUCGUUCUUCUCACCAAUGCCGUCGCAAUCUUAUCGGAAGAUCGUUUCCUCGCACGCAUCGGAUGGUCUAACUCUGUUGCCGAACCAGCCUUUGGCGGAAACAGCGCAGACACGAGUAUCAAAUCAAAACUUGUGAAUUUGAUGACGAGUGUUAGGACGCUCAUGAGGAGUAUGUUCAAUCUUUCUUCCCCUCUCAAUCCCGUUAUUGUGACAUUGCGCAUUUGUGGAUUCAGAGAAGGGCAGAGUGUGCCAGGAUUUGGAGGAGGCGCGUGCAGAGGGAAGGGAAGGAAGAGAGCAGGAAGUUGCGCGAAGAUCCCCUUAAUAGGCAUCAACUCCGUAAUCAUCAUCUACGAAUUAGCCCUAGGAUGA